GCGCUGCAGGCACAUCGCUCGAGUGGGCAGCCGCAGUUAAUGAGGCGUCUACGUAUAUAUGUCUAUACAUAGGACUACAGUUCUAUGAAGUUGGCCGUACCAGGAAGUUUCAGCAAAGUGAAAAUGAGCAACUCGGAGGAGCCCAAAGUGACCACAACUCCACACAUUGUGAAAGAAGAGCUCAUCGCAUCAGGGAAAUGGGUGAAGCUGGAGAAGACGACAUACGUGGAUCCUGCUGGAAGCACCAGAACCUGGGAGACAGUGAAAAGAACAACCAGACGGACCAACACGGCAGCAGAUGGUGUGGGAGUCGUGGCUCUGCUGAAGCGGACGCUCCACAAAGACUGCGUGGUGAUGGUCAAGCAGUUUCGUCCUCCUAUGGGAUGCUGCACUCUGGAGUUUCCUGCAGGAUUGAUUGAUGAAGGGGAGACGGCGGAGGUGGCAGCACUGAGGGAGCUGAAGGAAGAAACCGGCUACAAGGGGGAGGUAGUGGCAGUCACUCCAGUGACCUGUCUGGACCCUGGUCUGUCCAACUGCACCAACCAGAUCGUCCUGGUCAACAUCAACGGAGACGAUAUGGAGAAUAUCAACCCAACACAGCAGCUGGGUGAAGGAGAGUUCGUAGAAGUCAUUCUUUUACCACUCGAUGAAUUCCAGGCAAAAAUAGAUGAUCUGCUGAAGAAAGAGAAAAUUGUGGUGGACGCCAGAGUUUACAUCUUCGCCAUGGGGAUGGUUCAGGCCUUCUUUAAGCCGAGGGAGCUGCCUGUCCUGAAGCAGUGAAGGAAGCAGCUCAGGAUCAGAGGAAGAAACACUGUCUUAUGUUGCACAGGGCUUCUACACAGAACAAUUUAGGCAUCUAUUGGAAAGUAAAUAAGGAUUUUCAAACUGUAAUAAGAAAUUGUGGUUUUAGAACUAAAUCUCAUCUCAUAUUUUAAUAUUUGUUUCUAUGCACUUUUCAUAGAGCAGUAUUGCAGUCACAAGACAGUUAUGUGAUUAAAAACAUGCUGAACAGGAAUAUCUUGUAGUCAAAUAAUGAAAUCAAAGUGUUAAGAGAGUGUUGGAUUUAAAAAUGAAGCCUAUGAAGGAGCCCUGUUUACGCCACAUGUACUGUACCAUGCUCUGCUCCCAGUAUGGAGAUGCUACUGGGCCUGAAACAUACUCUGGUGGACAAUUGACAGCUGUUUGCACUUGUAACACAGAAUAUGUUUCAGGCUUUAGUCUGACCUUCCUAGAGUGACCAAUAGUCAUUUUGAGUUUUUUAUGAGAUUCUGAAUAGUUUGACAAAAUGCAGUUUGUUGUCAUUUUUAUUUAGCGAUUGUAAAACAUUCCUAACAUCUGCUAACUUUAACCUUCUUAUCUGGUACAAACUGCCUGCUAGUCAUUUCAUGCUGUUUCUUUCUCCACCCAAACCCAAAGCUCAAUCAUUCAGGCUCUCAUUUCUCCUCUGGAUUUUGUCUAAAGGCAUUCUGGGAAAUGGAGGAAUGCGCUUACUGACUUUGGCAACUAGCCACGAGUAACAAAAUAACCCUGAACUUGUGACGUCGGUUACAUAACAGUUUGUUGUAUUAACAGUCUUAACAAUACGAGAGGAUUUGUCUCUUUUAAUUCCACUGUAACGCUCAGUGAAGGUGCUCUGCUGAGUAAACACAGUUACUGCUGUGCCUUGAACAUUGAUUGUGUGCUUACCCAAGAAAUUACUGACCAAUGAAUAAAUGUGAUACUAUUUCUGCUCAUA